UCUAGCUUACCGUUGCUGUUUCUUGACGGACUACAAUUGUUGUAAGACAGGGAAAAGGACGUCACAGACGUGGAGUUGUUUUGACAACAGUUUUAUUUUCAACAAAAUUAGUAGUUAGACGUCGAACAUGUCCAACAUAUUCACACCGACGAACCAAAUACGCCUCACGAACGUGGCGGUGGUGCGGAUGAAGAAAGGAGGUAAACGCUUCGAAAUUGCUUGCUACAAGAACAAAGUUCUCAGCUGGCGUUCUGGGGCGGAGAAAGAUCUGGAUGAGGUUUUGCAGACAAAUUCAGUUUUCGUCAAUGUCUCUAAAGGGCAGGUGGCUAAAAAGGACGAUUUGGUCAAAGCUUUCGGCACAGAUAACCUGACAGAAAUCUGCAAGCUGAUUCUAGCCAAAGGGGAGCUUCAGGUGUCAGACAAGGAGCGGCAGUGUCAGCUGGAGACUAUGUUCAGGGACAUCGCCACCAUAGUUGCAGACAAGUGCGUUAACCCCGACACCAAGAGGCCGUACACGGUCAGCCUGAUCGAGCGCGGCAUGAAGGAUAUCCAUUAUUCGGUCAACACUAACAAGAGCACCAAGCAGCAGGCGCUGGAGGUGAUCAAGCAGCUAAAGGAAACCAUGCAGAUCCAGCGGGCCCACAUGAGGCUGCGGCUCCUGCUCCCGGGCAAAGAGGCCAAGCGGCUCAAGGAGAAGGUCAAACCUCUCCUACAGGUCAUCGAGAGCGAAGACUUUGAAGAAAACCUUGAGAUUGUGUGUCUGGUGGAUCCUGGCUGCUACAGGGAGCUCGGCGAGCUGAUUCGCUGUGAAACCAAAGGUCGAGGCUCUGUGGAGGUCAUCAGUCUGAAGGAUGUGGAGGAAGGUGACGAGAAGCUGUAACAAAAUCUUAAAGAAAGAAAAAAAAACAAAGACCAUUGCCACUAAUUCAGUCAAUAAACUGCUAUUGUAUGUUUAAUCUCAACGCUACAAGCCCGUUUAUCUUUUAAUUACAACAGAUAAAUAUAACUGCAUAUUUAACUGAUUGCCUGCCACUGACAACAAUGGAUGUCCAAUUCAUUUAAACUGAGAGCACUAGCUAAGAAAGCUCAUUUUUCAGUGCCAACAAAUGUUAAUUCGCCCAUCUGAGUCAAAAUGGAUUGGAUGUCUAGCGCCGUCAAUGGCAGCAAGACAGUUAAUAACAUUUAUAUUUUAAUUAAAUGGCACCGUUUGGUUAAGAAAAAUCUUUAUUAAGUCACUCACGCACCACGGAAAGAAAAAAAAGACACUUUAUUAACAGAAUGUGUAUUUACGACAUUGAUAAAUGUUCAAAUCACGUGUAUGAGCCGACAAACUAUAUGUAAAGAAUUCCACAUGUAAAGUCGUUUUAAAAGAAUAAAGUAAUGUUUGGGGAAAAAUUAAUAUAUUUCAUGACUGUAAAAUUACAAAUAUUACCAUGAUAUGAAUGAUGGCGAAGUUGUAAUUUAAGGAAAUAUUAAGUGUAAAUGUUGCAAAAAUGUAAUUUGAAUAGAAUAAUGGUCUACUUUUAGGAGCAAAAAUACUUGUAGAAGAAACAACAAUAAUAAAGAAGGAGACAAUAUACCCGAAUUCUAUCAAUAAUUCUGAUUUAUUAACACCUUAUUUUUUAAGUAAACCGUAAACAGUACAUUCUAGUGACACAUUUCACAUUAGAAAAAUGAAAUAAAUACAAUUAUAACAGUCACAAUUUCAGUGUUUUUCCAUACAAUACAUGCAUUUCAUGGUAUUUUACUCAUUGCUUGUCAUUGACAAAGAUAGACGUCCAAUUGAUUUAAACUUGGAGGACAGACUGUGGAUGCUCAUGUUUCAAUGCCCAUAACUGUUUUAGAUGUCCAAUCCAUUUUGACUUGAGGUUUAAAAAAAUAAAACUGCUUAAAAAAAGCGAAAUCAUGCAAAACAAGGGAAAAUCUGCUUUUAAAAUAAAAUCAUGACAUUUUGUUCAGGAAAAAAAAGUGGCCAAAAAAAAAGUGAAAUAAAGUACGGUAAGUAAAAUUCUGCUUAAAAAAAGAAAUCCUGCAAACAAAAUUGAAUUUAUAGGUGGGGGGGUUAUAAAUAAAAUACAAUAUCUGCAAAAAUUGUAAAAUGACUUGGGCAUCUUGUGUCAUCCAUGGCAGCCAAUGAUUUCAAUAAAAAAUAAAAUAAAAUUCAUACAACAUAGCAACAUAUGUCCAUGAAAUAGGUCGUUAUAUAGUAAAACAUUUAUACCGUAAUUCUCGGACUAUAAGCAGCUACUUUUUUCCUUCAUUUUGAAUACUGCGGCUUGUACUCCAAUGUAGCUAAUUAGUUGAUUUAUAUGGGUUAAUAGGUAACACUUUAUUUGACAGCGGCGUCAUAACACUGUCAUAAGACUGUCAUAAUUAUGACAUGACACUAUCUUGGAUAUUACUAAAUGCUUAUGUCAUUAAGUGUCAUCCGGCAAAUUCUGUCACUCACUCCAUUUAUGUCCAGCUUGGAUCUUUUACAUCCAUUCAAAGGUGAGAUAAUUUGCCAGAUAACACUAAAUGACAUCUUUUAUAAGCAUUCAUAAAUGCUCAUGACAGUGUCAUGUCAUAAUUAUGAUUGUCUGAUGACAGUCUUAUGGCGCCACUGUCAAAUAAAGUGUUACCAAAUACUAGCAAAUAAUGAAACAACUGGAACAGUAACUGAAGAAAUAUUUAGCCCAGAACAUGAAUUUUGAUUGAAUUAACAUCUGUAGCGCUGCAAUGCAUGCUAGGAGGCAUGGACAACAACAGUGUUAAUAGCAGGUGGCAGUAGAGGUUGACUGUCUCCCCCCAAGGGAGCAGUGGUGGCCAAAUGAACCUUCUUGAAGCAAUGAAUCUUGGCAGCUAAUUGGUUCAAAGCUUCAUUGUGGUUCAUUUGGUCUUAUGACAGUCAUAUGAUGCCGCUGUCAAAUAGUGUUACCGAUCAAUAUCUUUUGAUGUAAACAUCCCAUAACACAAUGUGGACAGCUGCGGUUUAUAAUCAAGUGUGGCUUAUCUAUGAACAAAUGCCGUUUUCAUGUCAAAGUUGGUGGGCGGCGGCUAAUAGUCCGAAAAUUACGGUAUAUGUUUUUACAUUAAAUGAGCUUGUAUUUUAAUGAUUUAAUGACACAAUUAAUAACAUUUAUUAAAUGCCAAUUUAAAUCAAUGACACAUUUAAAGAUGUGUUUAGAGAUUUCUCUCUGUCCCAUUUGGUCCUCCAUGUUUAACUAAUUGCCUGCCGUUGACAACGAGAGACAUCCAAUUCAUAAA